AACACUUCAGAAAUGUUUCACCCUCUAAAAAGUUUUGUUCUUUGCCCUAAAAAGAAAAAAAUAAAAAUAAAGAGCUAGGUUUUUGUUUGUGGUCGUCAAAUUCGCGUCAUCCCGAUUGAAUCAGAAACGCGGACAUGGGAGGUGGUAAUGGUCAAAAGGCUAAGAUGGCUCGCGAGAAGAACCUGGAGAAGCAAAAGGCAGCAGCUAAGGGAAGCCAAUUGGAAUCGAACAAGAAAGCCAUGAAUAUUCAGUGCAAGGUUUGCAUGCAGACUUUCAUGUGUACAACAUCGGAGGUGAAAUGCAGGGAACAUGCUGAAGCUAAGCACCCAAAAUCUGAACUUUAUGCUUGCUUCCCGCAUCUCAAAAACUGAGUGGAAUUUGACAAAAUGCCAUGUACAGGCAGUGUAUCCAUGUUUACUUGAUACAACUAGUAUGAUCCAUUUGUUUGUGCUUGUGUUUAAGAUAAACACUCUGUGCUCUUGGGGGUCUCUGUUAUAUUAAAACCUGUGGAUUAGCGAAUCUCAAAUUUUAGCAUAUUGCAUGGGCAAUUGGUUUA